CCCCACCUCGACGCAGACUGCGCCCCGGCUCCUGGGGACUGCUCGGGUCGCGGGAACACAGCCCCGGUCCCGGCUUGGCUGCUGCGCGACGCUAGGGCGGUCGCUUUGGAGAUUUGAACUUGGAAAAGCCAGGUUCGCGGGGUGCAGGUGGAAGAGGUCGCCGCCGAGCAGGAGCUAGCGCGUCCACCCCGCGAUCCCCCUGCCCGCUAGUCUCUCCUUCCAAACCCGCCCGCUCACAUUCGGCUGCCCUUAGGACUCCCAGCCAGCCACGUCUCCGUGUGGAGGAAUGGCCUCGUCCUCCAGCCAGCAGGACCUUAAGCUGCACCUGACAUUGAAAGAAGUUGAAAUCUUACUCCUCACUGGACGCUACAUCCAAUUUCAAGCUUCUAUUAUCUGUGUUAAAAGCUCCUGAUCUUUUCCACGUUCCUGUUCAACACUCGGAAGAAAAAUUGCCUCUCUGUACAACAGCUUUACUAGUAAACCAUUAAAAGAACACAUUUUUCCUCCUCUGAUGAACAUGCUAAUAUUUUUUAAUUUUUUCAAAGCACCAUUUCUUGUGGAUUUAAAGAAACCGGAGUUAAAGAUUCCUCACACAGUGAACUUGUAUAUCAGAGUUGAACCUGGGGUGAUUCUGGGAAUCUGGCACACAGUUCCCAGCUGCCGGGGGGAAGAUGCUAAGGGGAAGGACCAUGGUUGGUAUGAAGCAGCCCUUCAGGAUGGCAAUCCAAUUAUUGUUUAUCUUCAUGGCAGCGCAGAACACAGGGCAGCUCCUCACAGACUUGAGCUAGUAAAGAUGCUGAGCGAUGGUGGCUUUCACGUCCUAUCUGUGGACUACAGAGGGUACGGGGAUUCCACGGGUGAGCCUACAGAGGAGGGGCUGACCACGGAUGCCGUUUGUGUUUACGAGUGGACCAAGGCGAGAAGUGGUACCACACCUGUGUGUCUCUGGGGCCACUCUCUGGGUACAGGAGUUGCAACAAAUGCUGCAAAAGUACUAGAAGAGAAAGGAUUACCAGUUGAUGCUCUUAUUCUGGAGGCUCCAUUUACCAACAUAUGGGUUGCAAGUAUUAAUUAUCCCUUGUUAAAGAUUUACCGGAAACUUCCAGGAUUUUUACGCGCGCUUAUGGAUGCCCUGAGAAAAGACAAAAUAGUCUUCCCUAAUGAUGAAAAUGUUAAAUUCCUGUCUUCUCCCCUUCUCAUCAUACAUGGUGAGGAUGACAAGACGGUGCCUUUGGAGUUUGGAAAGAAGCUCUAUGAAAUUGCACACAACGCUUAUAGGAACAAAGAGAGGGUCAAGAUGGUGGUCUUUCCCCCUGGUUUCCAACACAACUUCCUCUGUAGAAGCCCCACACUACUAAACACUGUGAGAGAGUUCCUGAGUGAGCAGUGGGCAUGAGGUCUGAGAGUACCAGAAAUCUGCAGUGAAGACUUGGUCCAGACACCACCCACAAUGCUAUUUUUGAUGUAAAGUUGUACUGGGCUGCUUGGAUGAGCUGAAGUCACUGACAUUUCUACAAGUCACUUGCCAUUUUAGGGAAAGCAUGGAUGCUGGGUGUUAUUGAAAGUUCUCAUUUAGCUUGUAGUCUACUUUGAGGAACAAACUGAAAUCUCAUUGUAGAGUAUCAGAAUUUUGUAAAAUUUGGAUCCCUUCUAAAAAUGUGUGGUUACCAAACAUCGUGGGGCUGUGAACAAGGUGGUCUUUAGUUGGGACUUAACAGGGUAAUAAUGGUGCUCUAAUAUAGUUAAGUAAUUUGUGUUUUAGUUAAUUUAAAUGGCAUUAAAAAGUUCCAAGUAUCUUCUAGCUUUUUGAAUAACCCUGGAGAAAGUCCUAGCAUACUACUCAAUCUGCCAUCAAAUAACAAGUUUUGGCACUCAUGUAGCCCUUGUAAAUUGAUACUUUAUUUUUAGCCCUAAUACAGUCAUACACUUGCCCUCCCAAUUCCCAGAAAUUCCUAACCAGAUUAUUAGCUAAUAAAAUAAAACAAAAAUCAAAGAA